CUCAUCUCUUCCUUCCUCUUUUCUUCUCAUCAUCAUCACCUCUGGAACUCUCCAAAGUCACACAGUCACUUGUUUUCAGUUAUGCCUAAAGCCAUGGGAAAGCGCAAGCAACCUAUCUCCUCGACAAACCAAGGCGCUGCCACCAAGCGGCUUCGGGAGGCCUCGCCGCCCUCAACUGUCCAGCCCACUUCCUCCGUCCAGUUGGCGAGCCGGACGACUCGCAAUCGCUCCGCUGUCGCCAGAGCCCAGGCGAAGGUUGCGCGCCCGUCCGCGACGUCGAGCAACAAACCUCCAUCGACAUCCAAUCCGGCCUUGACGUCGACUGGCAAAACCAAGGUCAAGGAAGCGCCGGUCGCGACCGCCGCUCAUUCCAAGGUUACGAAGGCGUCGGUCGCGACGCAGGCCCGAUCCAAGAACGCGCCGGCCUCGACUCCGGCCGCUUCCAAGAUCUGCAAGCCAUCCACGGCACGCGAUCCCGCACCGUCUAUUCCUCACAUCGCUGACAAGGCCGCGCAGGCGGCCCACAUCCUGGCAAGCCUUAGCGCGCCUGCCACCGCCGUCUCCACUGCCGGUGAGAUCGUACACGCGUCGCGUACUCUGGCACAUCUCGGCGCGCCGAUCGCCACCACCGACGAGGCACUGCACGCGGCGCACAUUUUGGCGGGCCUCGGCGCACCCACCGCCACACCCACCUGCGCUCCCCCUGCAGCCCCUGCCGCAGCCGAUAAAAAUCUUGCAGCGAAGAACCCGGCCACAUUGUCUAGCACAGUUCUCGACCUACACGGUCACAUCCAGGGUGAGGAGUAUCCCAUCCAUCGCGCCAAGAAAGCGGACACCAUCCGGAUCAAGGGAGCGACAGUCUGCGGCGCCGCCGGUCUUAUGGCGUACAUCCAACCGCGCCGCGCCAUCAUCCGGCGUGAAUCCCUUUCGGCGUCGUCAUCCUCGUCGCCCCCUUCGGCGCCGUCAUCCUCGUUGCCCCCUUCGGCGCCGCCAUCCUCGUCACCCCCUUCGGCGCCGUCCUCUUCCCGCCCUUCUGCGUCGUCUUCGGAGCUUUCUUCCGCGCCUUCUUCAGCGGUGUCUCCUCCUCCAUCUUCGGUGCUAUCAUCGGCGUCUUCUUCGCGCCCUUCCGCGUCGUCUUCGGCGCUUUCUUCCGCACCUUCUUCGGCGGUGUCUCCCCCUCCCUCUUCGGUGCUGUCAUCGGCCUCGUCUUCUGCCCCGCCUUCAACGCCGCCCUACCUCCAGGUUCCCGACUCGACGACACGUCUUGUUAUUCACUGCGACAUGGGGUCUCUGUUCAUCCCCUCACGAGCGCAAGAGCUGGUGGUAGUUCUUCACGGAGAGCUAGAAUUAACUCCCCUCACCGACUACCUGCUGAGCCUCAGGCACUGCAACAAUGUGGUGCUUGUAGUUGAAGACAGUGCCGUAAUGCUGGCUACAAGCGCGGCGCAUGCGUGGCUCCGCGUCCGGACCCACUCGCAGCACUGUCGCGUUCUCGGCGACGAGGCGUACAAGGUGGAGAAUUUCGAUGGCUCGAUCUGAACGCUGCCUCCUGCAAUGGCUCGAUCUGAACGCUGUCUCCUGCGACAGCCAGAUCUGAACGCUG